AUGCUUCAUAUUUUUUUAUCACAAUAUUCUUUGAUUUUAUUAUUAAUAUUUGGAGGAUGUUGUUCAAAUAUUUUUGUUUUAGAAACCAUUAUUAAGAAAGAACCAAAUUCAGGAUUAUUAAUAACUUUUUUUCAAUUCUUAUAUAUUACAAUUGAAGGAUUAAUUUAUAAUUUUUUUACAAGAUCAACAUUAUUAAUAAAAAGAAAUGUUCCCAUUCGUUCUUGGAUGAUUAUUGUUUCUUUAUUUUUUAUGGCAACUUUUUUAAAUAACAAGGCAUAUAGUUAUGGCAUUUCUGUUCCUAUGCAUAUCAUUACCCAGAGUGGAGGAAUAUUUAUUUUGGUUAUUUUAGAAUGGUUAUAUAUAAAUAAAAAACCUAAUAUUUAUGAAAUAUUAGCAAUCAUGAUUCUUACAUCUGGAGUAAUUAUUGCUAAUAUUUCUAAUAUUUCAAAAAAGUAUUCUUCAGAUUUGUCCAUGCCAGAAUAUACUAAAGGCAUAAUUAUUUUAAUUAUUUCUCAAAUUCUUAGAUCUUUUAUGAGUAUAUAUAUGGAAAAAACUUUUAAAUUAUAUUCUCCAAACUGGAAAGAAGUUAAUUUUUAUAUGCAUUUUUUUUCUUUUUUAUUUUAUAUACCAAUGCUUCCAAAAAUAUAUUCACAAACUAAAUUAUUUAAUUGUUUUCAAACACCAUUUAUUUCACAAAAAAAUCUUAGCACAAACUUAUAUAAAUAUCUAGACAUAUUUUUGAAAUUUAAAAUUCCAAAAACUUCUAACUAUUUGUUUUAUCUUUACAUCAAUAUAAUUACUCAAUCAUUAUGUGUUCAAGGGAUAAAUAGAUUAAAUGUUAUUUCUACAGCUUUAACAGCAAAUAUAAUACUUAAUUUACGAAAGUUUAUUAGUUUAAUUUUGAGUAUUUAUAUGUUUGAAAACAAAAGAAAUUUUGGGACUAUAUCUGGAAUAAUUUUAGUAUUUAGUGGCAGUAUAUGGUACAGUAUUGAAGUACAUAAAAAGAAAGCUAUAAACAAUAAAUCCAAAAAAAGUUAA